AUGUUUGUUGUAAUAUCUUUUGGUAUUUUGGCUCUAGUUUUAGUUGGAGCAUUUGUCAUCUGGUUUUAUGAGCUAUUUUAUAGUAGUGAUAUUAAAAAGGAUAUAAAUAAAAAUAAUGAGGAAGUUAAAAAAUUUUCACUUAAUGAUAGAAUAUUACUUCAAGAUAAAUUAUACAAUGAUUCAGAAUGUGAAGAAUUAUUAGUCAUUGAAAAAAGCGAUUGUUCAGGAAAUGUUUCCUUACAUAAAAAAGAGCAUAGUAGUGAUAAUUAA